AUGAAUACCGGUAUUGGACCCGGUGCGUCCAGCCGGACAGGGGACCACGAGCCUUCCGAGAUUGUCAGCCCGUGGAGCUGCUUCCAUUGUCGCCGCCGCAAGGCUCGCUGCAACAGACGCAAACCCUGCGCGCUCUGUGCAAAAUCCGGCGUCGAUUGCUCGUACCCCGUGUCUGGGCGGAUGCCGACCCGGCAGCAUUACCCGUCACCGGCUCACACACUUACGCCGGGGGAGAAACGCGCUGAAUUGAUCAAUCGUCUAAGAUAUUUAGAAGAUGUCGUGGAUAAGUUGAGUUCGCAGGUGCGGCUUGAAGCCAUUCCUAGUGGUGGAAGCGUCGAUCAUGUUGACUGGGACUCGUCCCUUGGUGCUUCUGGCCCGGACAAUGGCAAUGGCGAACUUGUGAAUGAUUUUGGGAGACUGCAUCUACAUGAGGGUGGGAGCCUUUAUGUUGGGAAUAAGUUCUGGUCUAUUUUUAAUAACGAGGUCAAAAGCGUGCGGCAAGCAUUUGAAGACGACGAUCACCACCAACGGCUCCAGCAAGAAGUCGCUGUUUCCGUCAAGGAUGUCAGCCACACUCCUUUCUUCUGCCGAAUGAGAGGGCGACCCUCGGAGGACGUGUCGCAGCCCCUGCCGUCCCAAGUGCCCUACAUCUGGCAGGUCUUCGUCGAAAAUGUCGACCCGAUGAUCAAGAUUUUACACGUCCCGACCAUGGACAAGGCUAUUCGACAGUCCAAGGGUAGAUUUGAGCCUCCAGGUUCUGGAAUGCGGGCUUUGAUGUUUGCGAUAUCUCUCACCGCCAUCACCUCCCUUAGUGAUGCCGAGGUCCAAGAGAACUUUCACGAAUGCAAAGACGACAUGGUAUUGUCUCUGCUCCAAGGAACAGAAGAAUCUCUCGCGAGCGCCGGUGUGUUGGAUACCACGUCCAUAACUGUUGCUCAAGCGUUCGUGCUGUACCUUGAUGUCGCGGGACACCAUUACGGAGUGAGAGCCAUGUGGACCAUGACGGGCAUUCUGGUUCGGUCAGCAGUGUCAAUGGGGCUUCAUCGCGACGGGUCCAAGUUUCCCAACGUCGACCACUUCGAUUCGGAGAUGCGACGGAGGCUCUGGUGGCACAUUUGCUUCGUUGACAACCGCGUGAGCCAGUGUGAUGUUCCCGAAAUGGCGCUUUCCGAGAGGAUUUUCGAUACACGCGAGCCUGCCAACGUCAAUGACGGCGACAUAUUCCCCGGCAUGACGAACGAGCCGGUUGGUCGAGAGGGCUUCACAGAGUCGAGCUAUAUGUUGGCACACUGCGGCGUCUGGCGUGAGGCUCGGAGACUCCACAACUCUGUUGCGGAUCUUAUGGAUACCAGCGCAGAGGGAGACAAGGCAAAAGAGCGUGGGUUGGAAUCGCUGGCGCGUCUCCGCUCCAAGCUCCUUGGAGAGACUCUUGCGCAGCCGGAGCCACCACGGCUCCUGACGACCACGAUGCGGCUAAUAAUCGAGGUUCUGUUGGAUCAGCUGACUCUCGUUCUCCAUCAUAGAGACCUCUUCAGCCACCCGAGAAUGUUGACCGAACCAGUCAGGCAUCAGUCUUUUGAGUCGGCUUUCAGAUGCCUCGAGGUCAUGCAAAAGUGGAAGUCUGAUCCUGCCACACGGCAGUGGAGCUGGGUAGCUAUCAACUACCAUCAAUGGCACGCAGGCUGCAUCGUGUUUGCCCAACUCCGCUUCGGCCCAUGGACCGCUGUUGCUGAGAAAGCGUGGAAGAUUGCCAUGAGGUUUCUCGACGAGACGCCUGAUGCACUACUAAACAGAAAUCCGCUCAAGCCGGCCGUUUUCGGGUUGGUAAAUGCGGCUAAAAAGCACCGUGAGGAGGAAAUGCAGAGGAUUUCUCUGGAAAGGAACCCUAAGGGUGGGCUUACUUCCCAGCCAACCCCGUCUCCUUUCUCGCUUGGUAGCUCGAGGAUCGCAGUUGAGAGCCAAUCUCUUGACCCCAUGACCUGGGCCUGGGUUUCAAGCGAUAACCAACCCUCUUAUGCAGAUUCGUCCAACACGUCGGCGUGGGCUUCCCACAUGACAAGUUCGAGUAGAACACCCUCGGAUGCAAUGAUUGAUGUAGAUGGGGAUGAUUUCAACGUCAGAAGAAAUAUAGGCCAGCCACAAUUUGAGCUUUCCGCAAAUGCUCGCAACUCACAGGGACACGCUGUUGCUGAGGAAGACUUGGAAGUGGAACUUUCAGGUUUGCAAAACAUUGAUGAUGUUGAUUUUGGCGUGGAUCCAAACUUUGAAGAGGGAGCCUUCAAUUUCUUUCAAUUUAUGUAA